AUGCAGUCUAACAUUCUUCUCUUCAUCACCGCUUUGGCGGGCACUACGGUGGCUCAACGAUCUGACGCCGCAUACUGUGUCUCGAAAAUGAGCUCCUUUUUAAGCUGGGCCAACACCGAGGGCCCUACAACGCCCGUCGCCGUCCUCGACUUCCUGGCCCACCAAACAAACUCCAAGCCGCCGUUGGCUACCUUUGGCCCCGAAGCCCACGGCGAGGAGAUCUGCUCGAUCUACCGCGAACUCCCUGCCUCAAUCUUGCCAGAGUUCCAGACAUAUAUCGUGUCGGUUCUCAGCUUCGGCUCGGUCAACAGCGACGUCUUGAUCGGCGUGGCCACGGAAUGCGCCCCCGAAGACCAGGUGGCCAGCAUAACCAGCUACAUCCACGAGAUGCUGACCCCUACGGGACUGUGCGAGGAAACCCCUACGCCCACGCCUACUCCUUGCGGUAUGGCUAACGGCACUUACCCGACCUCGGUCUACUCGCCUACACCGACCGCUACAGGAUCCUAUCCCACCUCAAUCGUCACGGCUGGUGCUGCUAAGCCUACUGGUGCCUUGCUGGGCGCGGCCGCCGUAGGCGGUCUUCUCGGUGCCGCAGCCUUGCUCUAA